AUUAAAGGGUCUCAUUGUCUCUAUAUUUCGUUAUCUUAUCUUUUUGAGAUAGAGAGUAGCUACAGCAGUAGAAAGCCAUGCUUGCUUCCUCCUACACAGUUCAGUAUUAGUUUUAUUGUGAGAGUGGAGUGAGCCAUGGUUUUUUCGUGCAAGUUUUCCUUGAUGGCGCCUCAUAUGGUUUGCUGCCUUUUGGCAACCAUUUUCCUCACUACCGCCCCCGUUUCAAGCCUGGAAAUCGCUAUGACAGCUGUUGCCGCCCCCGGAGAGAUCACAACAGUAGAUCAGUCGAACUCCACUUCACGUAUGUUUUCUUUAUCUGAUAACAUCAAAAGGAUAACUAGGAGCGCCAAAGAGCUCUAUGGAUUGGCAUAUAAUGCCAUCAGUUCGACAGUAGGUGUAUCCAACAAAGUUUUGGGUUUGAAGUGCGAGAAAGCGAGUGACUGCAGUUCUGUUGAAUUCUCACUGUGUGCUGAUGGAAUGUGCUCCUGUGAUGCUAAUCAUACUAUUUCAAACGUACAAACCGACAAAUGUCUGAAGGGAGUCAACCUUGGUGAAGACUGUCAAGAAGAUGUACAGUGCCAAAAGUAUGAAGUGGGCUCCGUCUGCAUGGCAUUCAAGUGCGUCUGCUCAGUCAAUUACAGUGAGAAGGAGGGAAAAUGCGUUCCAAACCCAAAGAUUGGAUCUUCAUGUGUAGGGAAUGUGGAUUGCCAUCAUAUACCUUUUGUGGAAUGUAUAGAUAAUGUGUGUGCCUGCCCUGAUGCAAUGUUACCAGGCAAACACGCCAAUGUUUGUCUUACAGUGGCUAGUCCCGACGGCAGAGCACCGUGUGAAGAAGACAUCCAAUGUUCAGCCCAGUAUGGAGACAAGAGCCGGUGUAUUCUUGGCUUUUGUGAAUGCGAUCAUUCCUAUCAUGCAGCCAAUGGAAAAUGCAUACCUGAUCUCAAAUUGGGUGCGGAGUGCAGUAGGCGUUCUGACUGUGUGGUGUCUCGUCACACUGAAGAAGGUAAUAUCCGAGAUUGCUUCAAUAACACUUGCACUUGUGCCACUGGCUACAAAUCAGCCAACGAAGAAGAUCACUGUGUUGAAGCUGGCAAUGGCUACCAACUCCACGCUUCUCUGGCUUGGCUCACCUGCGUCUUUGUUGUUCCAUAUCUAUUCUAAUCCUCGACUAUCGCAAGAUUGUCGUUUUAACCGAGCCAAUGCUAGAUUAAGGCUGAAUACUGGUUAUGUAUUCUGAGAUUAUCUAUUGUGAAAUUAUCUAUUUUAAAUCUUCUAUUGUGAAAUUACAACUUCGAAUCGAAAGUAUUACUGACGAUAAUCUGUUACCGGUCAACUGUACACAUAAUAAUAAUUAUGUGAUAAGUACUCAUACAAUAAUUACGGUAUAGUAAUAAAUUAUUCAUAGGAAGAAUGUCAUUAAUAAAAACAAUAUAAACAUCUUGAAGUACCCUUUAUUUUUUAAAAACUUUGAAAUAGUUCAACUAAAAUAAAGGGUAUUACAAGAUUUUCUUACUCUUUUUAUUAAUUUGUUAAAAAGUAGCCCUUGUGAGUGAAGUGUUUUUAUGAAGAAUGUCAUGUAUUUAUCAAGUCUACGCACAAAUAUUUGACAUACACCUGAAGUUUAGAUAAUUCCCAUUCAUUGAAUAUUAUCAUAGAGAAACAAUAGCGUAAGUAGAUAUCCCAUUGUAUAUGACGUUUAUGUCGCAACUUUCUCUGUUAUCUCAAGCCGAUAGUCGACGUAGUUCUUUCCCGUGAAGCUGUGUGACGCUACUAGUCUCUCAUACUGUGCCGUGCAUACACUCUCACCCCAACUAAAACAGUAAAAAUCGACAAUAAUCAACAGUAAUCGGCUUGAGAUAACAGUGGAAGUUGCAACAUAAACGCCCUAUACCAUGGGAUAUCUACUUACACUAUUGUUUCUCUAUGAUAUUAUUUUAAUGCUUUCAUUAUAGUAUCUGUAUCUGUAGCUUCUAAUCUGUUUUGUAGCUCUUAUAUCUCUUAAACUGGUCACUAUACUAUAGCAGUAUUUUACAAAAAAAAUUACUGUAGCUUUGAAUUUUUGUUCUUCAAGUGACAAGAUUUGUCACUUCCAAUGUGUAUAAAUGUAUUCAGUUUACAUUGAAUACAGUAUACUGUUAGAGAAUGUUGAAACAAAAAGUGACCUGAUAAUUAAUAGAUUUGUAUAGAUUAUUCCAAUACCAAAUUAUAUAUUAUAAAUGAGAUUCAGCAGAUUCAACAUUUAUUGUAUCAAAUCAAGUCCAUAUUAAUUAUUACUUAUAAUUUAAUGCACAUGAUACAUAGUCGAUAAAAAACGUUGACAUUUUUAUUCUAUCAUACAAAUUAAUGCUUUCGAUUCAAAGUUGUAAUUCUUUUUGCAUGUAGAAUUCAGUGAUAAAAUUUCUGCGCAUUAUGAAAAAGUACUGAUUAUCACUAGGGGUAUUAGGUGAUAGGUAAUUAUGCUAAGCAUUAUUUUAGGAAUGAUUUGUGCUUUUCUAGCUUUUUAAUGGAAUUGUUUCAUACUCUUAAAUCAAAAGUAAAAUUUUAUUACUAUAGUCAUUCCCUUAUGAUUUGUUUAAUAAGGUGUAGACCCAAAUCUACGAUAAUUCCAAUUGCAUUAUAUGUUUAUUUACAAAAUGCAUGACAGGUUUUCAACUCAUGAAGUAAUGUGUUGCAGUAGCCUAAUUAUUUUAACUUAUUGAAGUUUAAAUAAUAAUUAAUUUUCAAUAAUAGUUAAAUUUAUUGUUAAUAUUUAAUUUAAUUGUUUUAAUAGUUAAAUUGUUGAUUCCAAUUGCAAACAGAAUAGAGUAGUAGAAAAGAUUGAAAUUAUUUAUCAUUAUUUGUACAUUAUUUACUCGCUAGAGUACACAAAUAUCAAUUCAUAGAUUUCAAAUCAGAGUGUAUAACUGUAGACAAUUUUGUAUGUAUUUUUUCGAUGUAUUUACACAUUUAUUUGUAAACUUAAAUGUGAACUUUCCGAGGCUCUCCCUCAUAAUUUCUUUUGCUAAAAUACUGUUAUGUAUUCUCAUCAACUGAUCUUAACAGUUACCAUGAAUUUCACUGAUAGUUUCCAAUGAUCAAAUAUUUUAUUCUUUUUAAAUUAAUCUGUUCAUCGUAUAAGGUGAAGCCUGAAAUUGCUCAACAACAUUUAUUAUUAAUUACAUUUUUUUUAAUAAGUUGUCUUCAGUUGAGUUUCAUCGAAUUGAUGAUGAAUUUUGAAUUUCGCAAUUCAUUUUUGAUGAAUUUUUUAAUUCGCAAAUAUCUCAUCAAAUUAUGAUUUUGUUAGAGAAUAUUAUAGUUCAAGAAAUUCUCAUCAAAGAUCAAAUAAUUUUCAUUUCUAGUCUUACAGUAUAAACAGUAUUAAUAUAAAAUCUUGAACAAAUCCCUUUCAUGCUUUAUUCCAAACUUUGUAAAUUUGGUGCCUGUUGCACAAAAGCCACGAGAACCAACGAGAAAUAAAUAUAAACCCACGAGAACCAAUAGAGAAGCCGUCUUAUCAAAAAGGCCUUCACUGAUUGGUUCUCGUGAAAUUAAUCACAGUUAAAAUUUAACCGGCUUUGAUGCAACUGGGCCUGAGUCUAGUAAAUUGAUGUUGAAUGUUUGUUUGAAAAUGGCAGAGGAUAUUAUUAAUGUUGUUACAGGUUUCUACACUAAUAGAAAACUUGAGGUGAUUUAUACUGAUUAGAUUUAUUACAACAUUAUAACACACGGAGGUAAACUAGAAACAAAUAUAGACAGAUUGGGGAUGCAGUGGUGUGUUUCUGGUCUUGUUGAUGCCCAAUAUUUCACACAACCGAGAAAACACUGCAGAUUCUAAGUUUCUCCCUUGGUCUGAAUGUAACUCCAAUGGAAUACCAAAACAACUAGACAACUCCUUCACUAAUACAUCAGCUAUAGUAACCGCCUCCUGAUUUGGCAGGGCAUAGGCUUCUACCUACUUGCUGAAGUAAUCCAUUACUCGAUUAUUAUUAUUGAUUAUUGGGGUUAAGAUUAGGGGCCAUGUGGAACUUGGGCACAGUGUGUGAUGAAUGAAUGGUUAGUAUUGAUGGGUACGUGAGGUAGUGGUUUUGGAUUCAUGAAGUCGGGGGCUUGGGAGGCAACGGUGGGGGUGAAACUGGAAAUGAUAAAGAGGAAACUAACGAGAAUUGGGCCUGCAAGACAAGUGGCGGGUCUAGGGUUGUUCUGAUAUAGGCUAGUGAAUCUUCCGAUAUCGAUAUCGAACUCCAAUAUCGAUACAGCGAUAAUAUCGAAACAAUAUAUCGAUAUCGUCGCAGCGUCUGAGUUGUUUACAUCAAGUUGGCCAGCAGUUAACAGUAUACAGUACUUUCUGUUUUGUGAUGUGUGAUGUAUAGUGAAAUGUGAAAUAAACAUUUUUAAAAAGAACAGAACUGCGGAGAGUAUCUGAUUCAAGAACUGUUAUGCAAGAAAGUAUUAUUAUCUUUAGCUUAUUUUAAUUGAACAACAAACACAAAAAUCAUGAAUAAUUUUAAACAAAAAUAUGAACAUUUAAGUGGUGCUCAGAAGAGGAAGAUAAAAGCCCAACAGAAAUCAAAGAUUCAAAGCUUAUAAAAAUAAACACUUUUUUACACCUAGUAGUAGUGUACAAUCAACUUCUACAGAUCAACAAUAUCCAAAUGAACAAGAAAGUUACAAAAUUGACAGUGGAGGAAAAGACAAUAGACCUAGUGUUGAAAGUUUGGUCAAAGAGAAUUCACUACAAAAGGUUGAGGACGUGAACACAGCUACAGAUAUCUUGAGUAAUCAAAAACCUAAUGUUACUCAUCCUAUCAUCCAAAAUAUCAGUAAUGAUGUUGCCGAGAAAAUUAAUCAUGCAUUAUUAAUAAACGUGGUUGAUGAAUAUCCUACAGAUUAUGCAAGCUUUCCUUUGGUUUUAGAUGAUGAAACAAAAAUGAUUAUCAUUAGAAACGGCCCUUGUAAACCUCGCGGUCCUUUCCGUAGAGAUCCAGAACAAAAAAAACAGAUCUUUUUCAGAAAACUAUUAUUUUAAAACCACAAAAAUUGGGUUGAAAAUAUCACGGCAAUGGCUUUGUUAUUCAUCCAAAAGGAUAUUCUCCACAGGAUAUUCAUUUUGUCACAGUAAUAGGGGAAUGCCUACAGGGGAAGCAUUCAUCUAUAUGAACUCGGAGAGCUCAGCAUUUAUGGCGGUGCAACAGAAGAAUGAAAUGCUCAUGUUAAUUGGCACGAGGACUCGCUUGAUAAAAGUCAUACAGUGCAAAAUGUCCAAUGUUCUAGCCAGGGAUCAAUGGGCGCCCAAGGCAGCUGUUUUACAGGUUGCUAGAACACAGAGUCCUCCAACCAGUCCUCAACAUGAAAAAUGAAGAUUGUGUAAACGGAGGCAGUUCUUGAUAGAGCCAGAUAUGUACGCUUGCUGCUUCUCACAAAUUGACCAGCUCAGAAUACGCUGAGCGAGAUUCUUUGCGAUCAUGUGAACUUCUAUGUAUCUGUGGCCAAUGUUUUGAAGGUAUUUACGCACUGCUUUGAUAGCCUCUACUUCAUCCGCGAAUAACACAAGUGCGUUCCAUGUGUAUGAACCGUCCGGCCUCUUCACGAUCAGCACCCCGUCUUUGCCAUUCAUCACCUUCACACUGUUUCCAAAA